CAAUUAUAAAACAACAAGAUGCUGCACUAAAACUAAGACGAAAACCUCUUUUUCCAGGAGCAGCAUGGAUCCGUCCCAGUCAGAGGGGGUCUCCGCUGCCGACCCUCCGGUAGAUCAGAGCUCCAAACCGGAGCUUUCUGCCGCCAUGCGCGCUAAAAUCGAGAGGAACCGCCAGCGGGCUUUGAUGCUCCGCCAAGCACGACUGGCGAGCCGUCCUUUCUCCUCCCUGGAGGGGGCAACCACGGCCAAAGUUUCCAAGACGAUCGACUCGGGUGCUGGUUUCUUUAUCGACGAAGAGGAGGACGGAGAGGAUGAGCAGAAAGCCAAGAAUGUGGUUCAUCAGCCAGCCCCGGUGAUUGAGCCAGACUACCUGCUCUGUGAUGACUGCCAGAAACCCUUCAUGGACUCUUUCCUCAGCAACAGCUUUGACUUGUCUGUAUGCGAUAAAUGCAGAGACAAUGAGGAAAAACACAAGCUGAUCUCCAGAACGGAGGCCAAGCAGCGCUACCUGCUGAAGGACGUAGACUUUGACAAGAGAGAGCCCCCUCUGAGGUUUAUACUCAAGAAAAACCCUCACAACCCACGCUGGGGGGAUAUGAAGCUCUACCUUCUGCUGCAGGUCCAGAAAAGGUGUAUGGAGGUUUGGGGCUCAGAGGAGGCGCUGGAAGAAGCCAGAGAGACGAGGGAGGAGAACAAAGAGGUCCAGAAACAAAAGCGCUUCAACAAAAAAGUCAAAGAUCUGCGCAGGGCCGUUAGAAGCAGCAUGUGGACCAAAAAAACCACCACUCACCAACACGAGUACGGACCAGAGGAGGUGGUGGACCCAGAGGAGGACCUUUACAAGAAAACCUGCACUACCUGUGGACAUGAACUCACUUAUGAGAAGAUGUAGACAUCUUCACUCUCUAAAUAACAAAUGGACUACGAUAUCUGGUGCUUCUUCAAAGAACAGUGUCAUAUUUAAAACUCUUGAGUACAGCAUUAAAAAUAUCCUGAUUGGAAAUAUGCAAGAUUUUUAUACUUUUAUUAAACAAGGCUUGCAAUCCACAUAUGGAAUGUCAACCAGGACAAAAACACAUUUUUAAAGUUCU